AUGAGCUUGGGCCGUGUUGUUCGGGAGCUGCGCAUCCACCUGUGCAGCGCAAGCCCUGCCAGCCAAGGCGCAAGGGACUUUGUCACAAAGUACUACAGCAGCUUGAAGAAGGCCAAUCCUUCCCUUCCCGUGCUCGUUCGCGAAUGCAACGGUGCACAAGCACAAGUACAAGCUCGCCUGCCUUUUGGUGAGGAGAAGCACUUUGCCGUCAACGGCAUGUCUGCAGAGGAGAUUAAGUCAGUCAUUGAUGGCCUUGCCAAGUGA